CAACAGCAGCCUCGCUCUCGGCUCGGCCCCUCCCCCGCCCCGCCCCGGCUGCGAAGCGUCUGGAACCGCGUCCUUCCUCCGCACCCUCGUCCUGCGACCGCGUCCUGCAGCAGCUGCCCGUCGGAGCCGCCUGACGAGGACCACCCAUCACCAUGGUGAAGCUGGGCUGCAGCUUCUCCGGGAAGCCGGGCAAGGACCCCGGGGACCAGGAUGGGGCUACCACGGACAGCGUCCCUCUGAUCAGCCCCCUGGACGUCAGCCAGCUCCAGCCACCAUUCCCGGACCAGGUGGUUAUCAAGACACAGACAGAAUACCAGCUGUCCCCCCCGGACCAGCCAAAGAAGUUCCCCGACCUGGAGGCCCAGAAGCUGGCUUGUAACCACCCUGAGGAAGGACGCAGGCUGCCCACAGCGCGGAUGAUCGCCUUUGCCAUGGCGCUCCUGGGCUGUGUCCUGAUCAUGUACAAGGCCAUCUGGUAUGACCAGUUCACCUGCCCCGACGGCUUCCUGCUCCGGCACAAGAUCUGCACCCCGCUGACCCUGGAGAUGUACUACACCGAGAUGGACCCCGAGCGCCACCGCAGCAUCCUGGCGGCCAUCGGGGCCUACCCGCUGAGCCGCAAGCACGGCACGGAGACGCCCUCGGCCUGGGGGGAGGGCUACCGCGCCGUCAAGGAGGGACCCAAGGCACCCACCCAGGCGGGGGCGGCGGCGGCGGCGGCGGCGGCGGCCACCGAGCCCCCCGGGAAGCCCUCCGCGCCGGGAGAGAAAGAGGCGGCGCGGAAGGCGGCAGGCAGCACCCCGCCCCCGGCCCCCCAGUGAUGGCCCCUCCGCACCUGCAGCCCGGCGCCCCCUGCCGGCACCUGUGACCGCCCUCGCCCGACGCUCUCCCAUCUCGUGGUCGUGCCCCUGCUUCCAGGACCCCUCGCUGACGCCCCCUGCCCCCGAGCUUGCAGCUCUGUUGCUUUUCUCUAAGUAAAGAUUCAUAUCCACCUGG